AAAUGUCAGGUGAUAAUAACAAGACUAUAUUUUAGCACACUUUAUUAAUAAGUUACUCAGAAAUUGCUUAAAAAUGGACGAUAAAUAUGAAACGGUGAAGCUAUGUUACACAAUACACAAAUACUCGAGCCAUUCGGCCAAUUAUAUACCAGAAAAUAUAAUGGUGAACAACCCAUCGGAUCAACUCUCGAGAUGGUUUACGGACAGCAACACGCCCUCACAGUAUAUUAUGUUGAAAAUAAAAGGGCCUGCUAUAGUGGAAACUAUCAAAUUCGGGAAAUACAUUAAAGCUCACGUCAGUGACCUGAAGAAAUUCCAAAUAUUAGGAGGCACAGAUGAACACAACUUGUCUGUGUUAUUAUCAGCAGGGCUCAAAAAAGACAGUGCGCCAGAGGUGUUCAGGCUCCGGCACAGAACUACAGAAGGCCUGUACUUGCCAGUGCAGUACCUGAAGAUAGUGCCGCUGCAGUCUUGGGGCCCAGCAUACAACUACACCAUCUGGUAUGUGGAGCUGCAGGGGAAGACGCAUGAAGAUCUGAUGGCCAGUGUGCUGGAUACUAUUAAUUUGCGCAAAGAGGAGGAAGCAGUACGAAUGCUCCUGAAACACUUACGCCGGCGCCGCUACAAGGACGCCUUCGAGGCGCUGUCGCGCGAGAGCGGCGUGCGGCUCGAGGGCGAGCUGCAAGCGCGGCUGUGGCACGCCCUCGUCGAGAACGGAGACUACAAGCUUGCGGAGGAUAUCCUGGACGAGGCGGUCACUGAAGGCGAAUUCGACUGGUACAUGUCGUGGCAGCCGUACACGCCGGUGUGGCGCGAGAUGUCAGGGUGCUCCGUGCAGGUGGAAGACCGCUUAUGCUGCGACACGCCGCCUCCACAGCGCUCCAACGAGCUGUCGUGCGCCGACCGCGAGCCACGACCGCUCGAUGCGGAGGUGCCCGUCAACGGCGAAUCAUCAGAAUGCGAUACCGCCUGCUGUACCAAACCCGGUCCGCGCGGCGGUCACCAACUAGUAGUGGACUCCACUACUGGCACACUAUACCUCUUCGGCGGCUGGAACGGGACGGAAGACCUCGACGACUUGUGGUCAUAUGACACGGAGACUGAGCGCUGGGCGCUCCUCUGCCGGCACAGCGGGCUCGAGAACGGGCCCUCGCCGCGCUCGUGCCACAAAAUGGUGUUCGACCCCGUGCACAGAAGAUUAUACACGCUGGGGAGGUACCUGGACAACGCUCAGCGAGUGCCCAGCAAUAUGAACAGCGACUUAUACAUGUACGACGUGCCCACCAGCCAGUGGUCGCUAGUAAUGGCCGACACAGCAGCAGCGGGCGGCCCUCGCCUCGUGUUCGACCACCAGAUGUGCAUCGACAGCGACACGCGCACCGUCUACGUCUUCGGCGGCAGAGUGCUGCCACACAACACAGAGGAAGCCGCAACACCGCAGUACUCCGGCCUAUACGCGUACUACCUAAACACGAACACCUGGCAGCUGUUACUCGCUGACAGGCACUCGCUGCCCGCGCCGCAGCCGCGCGUGUCGCACUCCAUGCUGUUCCACCCGGUACAACGGAAGCUGUACAUCUUCGCGGGGCAGCGCAACAAGGAGCACCUGCUGGACCUGUGGUGGUGGGACGUGGGCUCUGGUCGGUGUGGCGCGCUGUGCAGCGGCGCCGCCGCCUGCCCGCCGCCCGCCGCCGGCUUCACGCAGCGCGCCACGCUCGACCCCGACACCGACGAGCUCUUCGUGCUCUCGGGCAUGAGUAAAGAGAAAGACAAGCGCGUGUACAACACACUAUGGGUGUUCUCACUACGGCGUCUGACCUGGACGUGCGUGUACCGGAACGACAGUAUAGCGCCGCACGAGCCCCGACCGCGCUUCGCCCACCAGCUGGUCUACGACCCCGUGCGGAAGAUACACUACCUAUUCGGCGGCAACCCCGGCAACCAGAACAGUCUCCGCCUUCGGCUCGACGACCUCUGGGCCCUCCAUUUAAAACGAGCCUCCAUUGAGAAAGUCUCCAGAGAAGCCAAACUCGCUCUGAGAGAAGCAUGCUUCAGAGAGCUGGCGGCUACGCCUGGGAGGGACACCAUGGCGCUAAAGUAUUUGAGGAAGGAGCUACAUGAUGUAUUGGAUCAUAAUAAUCCUGAGGAGGUGGAGCGUUUCCACGCGCUCGCGACGGUGCUGUUCUCGGGCGGCGGCGGGGCGCGCGGCUCGGUGGCGCUCACGCCGCGCCGCGCGCGCACGCUGGCGCGCCGCCGCGCCAAACACGCCGCGCCGCCCGACCUCGCGCACGCGCUGCACGCGGUGCUAGGUGCCGACGACACGAUCCCCGAGCCCCCGACGCCGUACGAGGACGUGUCGCUGGAGGCGCCCGACACGUGGGACGUCGGCGAGGACGACGCCGACAGCGGCGCCGGCGACGCCGACUGGGCGGCGCGACACGCGCGAGUGCAGCUCUACGACAACCUGUGCAGAUACUUCCGGCCGAGCAAGGUGCCGCCACAGCAGGACAUAGCGGACCUGGUCGCACUGUGAGGUGAGGCACGCGAAAUGGCGAUGAUGAUGACACACGCUAGCAUAUAAAGGUGCUCACAAUGUCACACGCUAGGUCACAUGUCUAAAUUUUUUACCUUAUUUCAUUAAAUUAAGGUUGAGAAUUGUAUACAUAUUUAUGAUAUUCACUGGACACGAUUGGUUUGAAAAAUAAAAUAGUGACUAUAACAACUAAGAUUAGGUGCAAUUAACGAGUCAUAUAUCGAAUAUACGGCGGGAAAAACAAUUAAAAAUGUGUUUUAUGAAAAUUUAUUAAAUUUUGAAUGCAGUGUUAAAAUUAUUACCGAUAAAUAAUGAAUUUUGACUUAUAUAUAUUUGGAAAUUCAAAUAAAUAAAAUAAACAAUAUAAAACACAAAAAACUAGACGAGACCUCCAUACAAGAUACAUAUUUGAGUCGCUUAACUUCAAACUCGGGUAAAUCCAUCUGUCAGUUUAUGCGAUUUUGGUAUUAAGAAAAGGUAAUAGGGUAGAUAUUUGCUGAGAGGGUCGAAUGGAUUUACCCGAUUUUGAAGUUAAGCGACACAUUUAUCGUGAUUAUUUUUGUAUCUUGUAACGAUGGAACAUUGAAAAAUGAUUUUUUGGUUUCACAAGUAAUAUUUUUUUAAAGCGUUUUAUCGAUAAAAAUACUCGUCAAGAUUGUUUACUCUUUUUCUAAUGCUAAAAAGAACGAGAUACAGCGAAUUUGGCUUGGUCGGGUUGUGAACCUCCACUAAUACAUAUACAUAAGUUUUAAUGUGUUUGUUAUGUGUACUGCAUAUAUAUAGAUGCGAAAUCACACACAUUAGAGGGGCGAUAAGUUUUACUAUAUUGCCACAAA